AUGCCAGCAGGAGCCGUUGAGGUCAAUUCUUUGCCCGUGCUCCCUCUGCAUGCCUUGCAGCCUGCAACCGGCCGAGCUACCAGCGAGCUUCCACGUUCAGCCAGCUACACCUCUCUGCCUGGUGCCCUCGAUAAUGCAGAACCCAUAAAAAGGACUUUCUCGGACAAUGUGCUUAACUCGUGGCAGCAGAAGCCCGCGCCCGUUACCGCCUCCAUGCAGAAUGCUAACGUCGAACUAUUCCGUCGAGCCUCCCAGAAGACCAAGAAAAGAAUGUCUGCCGCCCGUUUUGUGUCUACCAACGAGAUAGAAGAGUCUGAAAGAGUAGGUAUGCCGCCAGAUAAGGAUAAGAACAAUGCUGGCUCAGCAAAAUCAGGUAGAGGAGCUGGUGCUCUCAAAAUGUUCUCUCGCAAGAACUGGCUGUCCGGUCAGCGAUCACACUCUCCCAGUCGUAAAGACGAUGUCAGCCAUGAUCACUCCCCGAACUCAUCCACACACUAUAUGAACUCCCAAAAUACUAGCGGCCUGACUAUCCCAGAGCCUGUGGCAAGUCGUCCUUCUACAAGAGCCUCACAUGCCUCAGUAGAAUCUUUAGCAGCUACGGAACGCGAUGGUGUUUCUUCAUGGAAAGGAAGUUUGUCUCCCACACCUACCUCACAAGCAACCAGUGAAUAUAGCAUUGAGGAAAGCGAAACAAGCUCUAAAAGGUUGUCACGGCGUUCUUCCUUCAGCUCCUUACGAAGCAGAGCCUCGAUUGACAGAAUGUAUCUGUCUGUUCCUGCUUCCAAGGUCCCUCCUAUGCCGAACACCUUAUCCUCAGAGCGUCUCUCUAGUCAUGGAAACGAUGCAGGCCGCAAAAGGGAUCCACACUGGAUACCAUUUCGUUCUAUCGAUGGUGAGCAUACCUCCUUCUUCGCCAAAACUAGUUUGCAGAAAGCAAAGGUCAUUCGCACCAUCUUCUUACCCUUUCUUGCCAAAACCUUCGAUCGCGCUUGCACCGAAACUCUGCGAGCUGAGGAUCUUGAUCGCAGAGUCAUCAUCCUCAAUAAGUGGUGGACUGGUUUAUUAGAUUUACUCAACGGAAAUGGCCAGCAAUCCAUCUCCGGCACCGAUCGCCCCGCUUUUCUUGAGGCUAUAUGUGAGAUUAUGAGGAGACCGGAGUGGAAAAUGUCCCAGGCUCCCUCUUCGCCUACAGAGCCAUACGAUCCUCGACAGAACGCUGGGAAAACAGAAUCGUACAGUUCUACAGAGAGCAAUGAUCCCGAAUUCCUGACACGAACAAUUCAUCAGAAUAUUCGCAACAUGUUCGUACAAAAUCUCUUGCAACAAUUGACGUUUGUCGUUGAGAAGCUGUCGAUGAGGGCUGCACCCGCAAGUCUUGUUAUAUUUGGUGGAAAGACCUGCUCCUAUGCUUUCUUUUUUGUUCCAGGGGUCGCUGAAAUGUUGGCCAGACUUUGGCGUAUACCCCCCGGCACGAUUCGCAGGAUAUUGGCAGAAUAUGGUCCGGCAUGUGGGCGCAAAGCAGCAAUCAUCUCCCAGACCCUCGCGCCCUGUUUUCCUGCACCGAUACGGGACCUAUGUUUCACGUCACACGCUGCAUUAUCUCGACAGCUUCAGAACAGGACACAAGUUCCUCCCAACACUUCACAUAUCAGGUGGCACGGUCCCUGGGUCAAUCGAUGGAGUGGCCGUGAUAGCGAUCUGUUCUUUGUGUUUGUCAAGCAUUAUCAUUUACUAUGUGCUGAAUAUCUGCCUAGGCACUUAUUGGCCGAGGAGCGCAUGGGUAUUCCUGGGUUCGUCGUUGUGCAUGCUCAAAUCCUGCUCAACCUUGAGUCUGCAUUGUAUCGUCAAGCUGGUAAUUUCGCUGCCGAACACUACUCUUCACAGGCUGGAGAGAAUCCGGAUGCUAUGGCUCCUAUGCCAAUGGUUGUUCCUAACGCAACAAGGUCCAUCAGCGACAAUCGCUUGGUCAUAUUGCUGCGAGAUUGUAUCGGAGACCGAAGAACUGAAAACGCUGCCCUGGCAGAGAUUCUUAUUGGACCGUUCCAGUACGUGCUGAAAGCUGCAGUACGCAGAAUAUCAAUGUACAACAACGAUGCUUGUUUUGUUUUAUGCGAUUUCCUGGAAGAAAUGGUUCCACUUGUAACAAAAUAUCAACGCGUUAACGUUGAGGAAGAGGAUUGGAGUUUCUGGUUGAAGGUAUACAAGCAAUUGAUGCAGUCGCAAUCGACGAUGACGCAAAUUCGCGUUAUCGCUUUCUUAUACAGCACCUUCCACUUACUAAUAAACAACGACGAGGAAAGAAAGAGACAAUUAAUCCUGGAAUGGUUGCUGGACCCUGAUUUCUUUUCGCAGUAUUUUAACCACUGGUCGCCGAUGGUUCGGCAUUACUUUUUUCGACUACUUUGUUGGCGUGUUGGACGAAGUCAUGGCGUGGCAACCGAGCUUGACAUGGAGAUCUACACACAGCUUUCCAAACUAUUAUCCAGAAACUGGGCACAUCACCAAUACCUUGUGGCCGACGCAGAGAUGAGAGAUAUUGCACCUCCCUCAACCAACCCUUGUGCUCCUGCACCGAGCAGAGCGUUGCUAAUAAUACGUACGGACAGCCAUCCCGGAGAAGGAUUCACCUCAUUCGACAAACUUAUGCCUUCUAACUCGAACCUGUCAUCCCUCUACGACAGUCAUUCUGCUAUGCUCAACAAAGUUCCUGAGACCGACAACCAGCCGACGGGCACGAAGAAGAAGUGGAAUAUACUUAAGUCCAUCAGCAUGUUUAGUGGUCCCACCAAUAGUCGACCUGGCGAAGUCACGCCUCCUGGAAGUCCGGACUCGAGUAAUGCCUCAAAGUCGAAAAGCAAGGACCAGGAAGCUUACUCCCGACCCUCGACACCUCCGCAUCAAACACUCACGUUCAGGUUCUCGCUCGAGUAUACAAAUAGUCGUCCUCAGAUUCCCGCAAAGACCCGCAAGUUGCCUCUUCCGACACUGCCUCACACCUCGCAGAAACUACUCGAUGACCUCAAUAAAGUGACACGACCUACAUCUCAAGAACAAGCAAGGCAGCAAGAAAUCAAACCACUCAAGCCGAUGCACCACGAGCUCAACACAGCGCGAUACAGUGGUCGAGCGUUGUCAGAAUGGGCACAAGUCACACAGGAGUGUCGCAACUUCCACGUCCGUCGCAAACAGGAGGGCUGUCCGAACGACGCUGCCGUCGAGACACCCAGCAUAGCUGUGGAAAGUUUUCGUAUGUUUGGGUAA